GUUUCUCUAUCGUCAGAGUGUAAAGAGCUCCUCCUAAAACUGGAAUAUAACUUCCAUCAAAACCUUUUCAGUUUUGUAUUUGUAUUGAUUAUUAUUGUAUUGAUCCUUAAAUUCAUAUACAAAAAAUACGCCUUCAAUUUUGCUCACUUAACAGAAAGAGUUAACGGCAAUUUCUUUUAACAGCGCGCCGCGGUUUGCUGUUAUUAACAUUUUAACUAUAUGUUAGCCGGACUGUCAAGCGUAUCGCAGCACAAGCUUGGCUGAUUAUUAAAUAAUUGCAUUUCAGCUAGUUAAAAACUAGGAAUUUAUAGCGCCAAAAAUGUCCACUGAACGCAACGAUCCCAAAGAAUCGAGCUCCCCCUCGUCGCCCACCGCCCAAAUAGCUGUCGAGUUGAAGCCACCCGUGGACACAUAUAUAAAGUGUCCUUAUGACGCCGGGCAUCGCAUACUGCGCAGCCGUUUAUCCUGGCACUUGACCAGAUGCGCUCGCAACCAUCCCGGCAGCAAUAUGAUACGCUGCCCCUUCAAUACCACCCAUGUGGUGCACAGCUCCGACAUGAACUCGCAUAUUAAGAACUGUUCGAGCCGAAUUGACUUUGAGAGAUUUCAAAAUCCCGAUGUGCUGCCGCCCAAAGAGCCACUCGCCUCGCCCGUCCCCUUGGUGGAGUCCUCCGAGAACUGGGAUGAUGAGCCACCGGUGGCAACCUACGAUCCGAGAGCCUACUGUGAGCAGAAUCUCGUAAUACGCAGCAUAGUCGGUGCGCCGCCGGCCUCGCGGCGCGUUUUUCGCGAACUCGAGCGAAAGCGUUUUCAGGAAAUAAGCCAAGGCAAGAACAACUAAAAUGUGAUUUACACACAAAUACAUACAUACAUGCAAACAUAGACAUACAUACGCCAGCGCGUUUCAUUUCGCAACGGUUCGUUCCAGCCAGUGUUGUAAAUGCUCACAAUUAUUUAGUUUAAAAAAAUAUUGGGCAUGGUAUUUAAGCGUUAAUUACAAAAUGUAAGCCUGGAAUUUAAAUUUAUUUAUAAAACAUUCGCAUGAAAAUAUGUUGAAAAUGCAUUUCGACUUCCGCAAUCGCCAUGAGAUAUGAAUUGAAAUCAUUCGAAAUGCGAGUCAAGUGCUCUCAGCCAAAGACGACGUCAUUUCUCUGCUCGCGAGUCUAGAGAAUCGCCGACUGAAUGACAACUGAAUGUGGCCCGGCAGCGAUCAUUGAAUAAUGUUACGCAGUAUCGCGACAUAAUUGUUAAUUCAACUUACAACUGGGGGAAUUCUCAGCAGCAGCAGCAGCAGCAGCAACAGCCACCAACAACCAUGUGAUUCUCCGUGCUUUAGAAGUUGCGAGCGUUAAGAAUGAAUUUGAAUAAAAGUGCGCGAAAAACCGCGACGAUUCCUGCAUGCCAAUGAGGCUUUUCUUGCUGCGCGUGGCUCACCAUAAAUAGUCCGGCGGCGGGAUUAAGUGCCGCACUCUAGCCAUGGAGCUGCUCAAGUGUUAUCUGCUGCUUCUGGCCAUUGUGGCCGCUGCCCUGGCCACGCCCACACACGACAAGUUCAAAGGCGGCGCCUUCGCUUUGCAGAAGCCCAGCUAUUUGCCGAAUCCCGACCAGCUUUUCGGCGAACUGUCCGCGAAAUUUGUCAAGUCAAAGCCGACGUUUGUCAAGCCCGUCGUUGUGAAGCCCAUUGUUGUGGUCAAGCCCGUUAUUGUGGGCGGCGGCGGUGGGCAUGGUCAUGGACACGGUCAUGGGCAUGGGCAUGGGCAUCAUGGCAAAAAUAAGUUUUUUGGCAAAUUUUAGUUGCAGCUAAUAAGUUUAACUAGAAUAAGACGAUCUAUAAUGCGCUAAACGUAUUUAUGUUAUCAUAGGAACAUUAAUAAUUAAAAA